AUGGGUGGCUCCAGUGGCCAUUUCCUCAAGAACCUUGUGCUGCUCUGUCUGAGCCUGGUCUUUCUGCCCCUCAGCACGGUAAUCAUUCCGACACUUUCAGUACUUCACAUUUUUGCGACCGGCCGCCGACACCAUGGACGAACCAACGACGCAAAACGCAGAACCAUUCUCGUGAACGGCAUUGGCAUGGCCAAAGGCCUCACAAUCGCUCGUCUGCUCCAUCGCGAGGGCCAUAGAGUGAUAGGUGCAGAUUGCAACUACUUGUCCCCAGGACGGGUGUCUAGAGCAUUAGAUGCGUUCUACAUCUUGCCCCGACCGAGCCAGCCACACGUCAAGCAACACCAUGCUGAGAAAGACUUUGCCGGAGACCGCUACGUCAAACGACUUGCGCAAAUAGUCAAAGAGGAAGGCGUGGAUCUAUGGAUAUCCGUGUCUGAUGUGGCGGCCGCAAUGCGCGAUGCCCAGGCUAAAGAGUACAUGGAGCGCAACACCAAAGCCAAGGCAGUCCAACUGUGUGGCGAGGACAUUGCGGUGCUGGACAGCAAGACACUGUUCAUAGAGCUUGCUCGCUCUCUGGGCCUCCUUGUGCCUGAUACUCAAACGGUCACCGACAAGGCCUCCCUCGUGGAGUUCUUGUCGGCGCGAGGAGGCUUGUCGCUUCACCCAGGUGGCGCACAAUACGUCGUCAAACCGGAGGGCGUCAAUGAUAUCGCGCGCUUCAAGAAGCCCAUUCUGCCUCUUAAAACUGUCGAGGAGACAGUCGCACGAAUAGAUUCUAUUCCGUUUGGGCCCGGUGCGGAGUUCAUCGUGCAGGAGUUCAUUCGAGGCGAUGAGUAUUGCACGCACGCGUUGGUGGUGCGCGGCCGCGUGCGUGCCUUUGUCGCGUGCCCGUCAUCCGAGGUCUUGAUGCACUAUGUCGCCUUGCCCGAACCUACAGAAUCCGAGCUGAGCAGGAAGAUGCUUAAAUUCACGGAGACGAUGGCGGCGUCGGGGGGCGACACUUGGACCGGGCAUGUGAGCUUCGACUUCCUCGUCAAGCGAGGCGACAGUGACAGAAAGCAAAGCGACACCGUCAAUAUCUAUCCCAUCGAAUGCAACCCCAGGGUGCACACGGCAGUGGUUUUACUGGGCGGCAUGUCAGAAAUGGCUAAUGAGUACCUGGCGGUCCUCAAUCCGACGGCACCAGCAGCAACGCCGCCCCUCUAUGCCCGGCGGAAGGAGAAGUUUUACUGGAUUGGCCAGGAUCUUGUCGAACAGGCUGUUAUCCCGGCUUUCAAUGCAGCACGAGGUACGAUGGGACUUGGCGCCUUCCGGCAAUUGUUACAACGCUUCAUCCGCCGCAUAUGCACUUGGAAAGACGGAACUUUCGAAGCCUGGGAUCCUUGGCCGUGGUGGUGGAUGCACCACAUCUACUGGCCAGUGCAAUUCAUCAAGUACAUGGCCAAGGGUCGCUGGUCGAAGAUCAACGUCAGCACUGGGAAGGUGUUCGAAGCUGGAUUUUGA